CCGCCUCAACGGUCUCACUCUCCUGCUAUGCCAUCUUGCUAAAGCACCUCCUGGACACCUCAUAUACCGCUCUCCCAACGCUCUCCUAGAUCCUUGCUAUGGCCGAACCGCGGACUAGAGCGGACGUCACGGAAAUCAAGGUCGCUUAUGACUAUUUAUUCAACGCGCACCAUACGGCGACUAAACUGAAGGAUGCCGCGCUCGCGGGGCGGCUGCUACAAGGUGUCGAUGCGGGCGCGGGGGUGGCGGGCAGGAGUAUGGCUUGGAAGCUGUUUCUAGUACCCAAUGAACCCUUGCAAGGCACGGCUGGGGUGGAGGCUGUCCCGCCUUUGAAGCCGGUGCAGGCGGCGCGAGAAGCGUACAAAGCGCUGCUUAUGGAGCGGAUGCGUGCCCCGGAUGGGGGAUACGAGGAAGGCUUCAUGGUACCCGGACUCGGUACGUCUCCUCCAAGGACCGAGAAGUCUUCUGGAAACCUAGACACGAACAAUCCGCUGAGUUUGCACGAUGAGAACCCAUGGAGGGAGUGGUUUUCGGCGAUGGAGCUGCGCAAGACUAUACUCCAAGACGUAGAGAGAACGUUCCCGGAUAUGGCGUACUUUCGAGACGCGGAAGUGCAAGCAGAGCUUACCAACAUCCUCUUCCUCUAUUCGAUCAUGCAUACCGACAUCGGCUACCGACAAGGCAUGCACGAACUCCUCGCCCCGCUCUACUACGCCAUCGACUACGACUCCGUGCCCCCAGAAACCAAGAGCGAUAUCGACCCUGCCCUCAAGGACUUCUGCGCUCAUCAGUGGGUGGCCGCCGACGCAUGGCUUCUAUUCACCGCUGUCAUGAAAGGCGCCGGACGGUGGUACGAGUGGCAAGAAGCGAAGGCACAGCCGGAGCCUUCGCCGCUGCCCUCCCAUGUGCAACUCAAUGUUUCCACAAAUAAUGCGCAGGUCAAGCCCUACAUCGCCCCGAUCGUCGAGGCAUGCAACCGCGUGCAGUCCGUGUUCCUCAAGGGGGUCGAUCCGGAAUUGUGGAAGUCAAUGCAAAGUGCGGGUAUCGAGCCCCAGAUAUACGGCAUUCGAUGGCUUCGCUUGCUCUUCACGCGGGAGUUCAAUAUGCAGGAUGCAAUGGUUCUUUGGGAUGGCUUGUUCGCCGUAGAUCCUUCAUUCGAUCUGGCACUAUGGAUAUGCGUUGCUAUGCUCGUUCGGAUCCGUAACAAACUGAUACCUGCCGACUACAGUACGCAGUUGACAUACCUCCUCCGAUAUCCAGGGGAUGCUGCGGCCGCUGGCGGAAGUUACGAAGAAACCCCCGUCCACCACGCAACUCUUUUACUUCGCCAAGCCCUCACUUUACAGAUGUCCCCAACCCCGACAAUCGGCGUUUCCGUCAUUCACGAGAACAAGAACCUCCUGGGCAUCACAACAGAAGUCCCGCCUCCCGAUCUGCCUCCCGUGCGCCGACGUAGAAGAGUGGAAGAAGGCCGCCAGUCGUUCACGGAUGGUUCCUCUCGGUCGGAGCCUGGAAGUAGCAAGAGCGCGCACAGUCGUGGGCAGUCCAGUCCUAUGGGCCUUCCGGAGACGCUUGCCCGCGGGAUUCUGGAGAGAGGGGAGAGCUUGGGAAUAAAUAAGACGGUUAUGAACGCCGUCUCUGAGCUGAAGCGAAAUCUACCUGACCUGGCGACCGCUUUGGGUCGACUACCGCUCACGCCGCAGCCGGCCAGCAAUUACCCGCUCUCACCCGAACGACCCGCCACAGAGAGACCCCCAUGGGAGCCUCGAAGUCGCUUCGAGAUGGAGAGGGAGAUCACGCAACUGCAGGGUCUACAGAGGAAGCUCGGAGAUACCGUCAGCUGGGUCGUGGACACGCUCUUACUGGACGAGAGUGAUCUUGCAGACGACGCUGCCAAGAAGACGUUGGAAAAGAGGAAGCGUGAGGCUCUGGAGUGCCUCUCGUAUGUCCGAGACGUCCUCAAGGGCACGGUGUCGAAUGUGGAGGAAGACCGUCUGGUCAGUGAGGAAGAGCUGCGGAGGAGGCGAGAGAAGGAGAAGCACGAGAGAGAGGCCGCUGAAGCGUUGAGCAGGCGACAUUCCACCCCACAUGUGCCGCAGCCCGCUGCAUCCAUACCCAUCGAAGCACGGGCGCAGGGAAUGGGAGCUCGUCGCUCGCAGGACUACUUCACACCUCAAGCACCCGGAGCAAGUCCACCCGCACGUCUAGCUGUACCCCUGCCUCCAACUGCAUCCACGGUACGACAUCCUCCAAAGCUCUCUGCCAUCGCCUCCGCACCUCCAGGUGGCGCAGGUCCCGUCUCGCCGUCGGCACAGUCGCCUACAUUCGGUGCACCAUGGAACUACACCAGAUCGACUUUCUCUGGAGGUAUGCCUCCGAUCGCGACCCUACCACGCGUGCCGCCCCGGACUUCGACGGUCCUUCCGCGAGCCGCUCCGUUGCCUCCGUCAUUCAGGGUGCCGCCACCCGCCGCACCCCCGCCUUCGGACAACGUCUCGCGCUCGGAGCCAAAGCCGAGGCCUGCUCCUUAUGACCCGCUGGGUGCUAUACCGUAGACGUUUGCAGUCUUGAAUGUUGUACAAAAGCUCUGUGUACGGUAUCCCGUAGAUGUGCUGUCGGAAUCCGAGGAAAGCU